AUGCCGUCAUGGAACAACUGGUCAGUUUAUCACACGAUUGCCGCUCUGGAGAUCCUGGUUUCGAAAAAAUACCACGCCAAAGGGGGCCUGACACUAACCUUUGGCGUGGGUUUGGGAGCUAUGGCAUCACAACAUCCUUCUGCAGAUGGAAACUCCGCGCCCGCCGCAGCGAUGAUAAUCGUUAGCAAUGCUGACGAUACCAGCCCGGUUGUUUGGGUCCAUAACAACGAAUUGGGUUCAGAUGAGGAGAACAAUGGCGUCGUCCAACGGAUUGGUUGUUGGCGAGGUUUCAGUCCUCCGAAUGACUUGGAAUCCUCCAGAAGUCACUAG